UGUUGGAGGUUUUGUCAAGAGCGACAAGAGAAAUAAUCGGCAAGCAACUUAAGAAGCAUCCAACACCACCACCUCCCACCAUGUCUUCGUCCAAGCCGGAGGAGCAGCUAGCCCACGAGCUGAGCUGCCCCAUCUGCCUCCAGUUAUUCUCCGAUCCGGUAGUUCUCCCCUGUGGCCACAACUACUGUCUGGCCUGCAUCUGCAAGACCAUCGACGGGACGGACAAAACAUCUCUACGUUGCCCGGAGUGCCGCAAGGAGUAUCAGGGUGUGGAUUCCCUGAGGAAAAACUUCAAGCUCUGCAGCAUCAUCGAGGGCUACCAAGCCAGCGUGCCGCAGCUGGAAAGGCGCCCUGAGAGCGAGCCUGAGAGGACGGAGGAGGUUCUCUGCGACCACUGCAUCGACAAAAAGUCCCCGGCUGUGAAGACCUGCCUGAGGUGCGAGGUGUCGCUGUGCUCCGGGCACCUCCAGAGACACCAGGAUAAGGAGUGGCUGAGUGCGCACACUAUGGUGGAGCCCCUGAAUGAGCUGGGGACCAAAAGCUGCGCCACCCACCGGCGUCCCCUUGAGUACUUUUGCUCCAACGACAUGAGCUUGAUGUGCGGCACGUGCUUCACAGAAGGCCAUCACCAGAACCACGACGUCCUCACAAUCGACGCGGCCGAAGAGGAGAUGAGACGGGUGUUGGAGAACCGCAGCAUGGUGGUUUCUUGCAGGCUGCAGAUGACCGAGAGUCUCCUUCAGAAGACAACAAAGGAGCAGGGAGCGUCUGAAGCCAUAGGGGAGAAACUGGUCAACAAGGCAGUCACUGUCAUGGAGAGUAUGGCUGCUCUAGUGGACAGGUACAGGGAGCGUCUGCGCGUGCUGUUGGAGGAGGAGACGUGCAUGCGCAGGAAAAGCUGGCAGUUGGAACUGGAUGCACUCGAAGAGCAACAGCAGCAGUUAGCGGAGGCCCAGCGAAGUGCCACGCAGGCCCUCAGCGAGACAGACGCGUGCAUCUUCAUACACAGGUUCAUGAUGAUUGAACCUAAGCUGAGAGAAGUCAUCACCGGCCCCAUUCCCCCCAUGAUCGCCUCGAAAGCACCGCUCAACACCAAGCGUCUCCAGGCGGGCCUCAAAACCCAAGACUUCUGCUCAGAGAUGACCGGCCUCCUGGAUUCCCUCCACAUACUCCUGAACCCCCUGGACCUCACCUUCAACCUCUGCACCGCCCACCCCAGCCUGUUGGUCUCCAAUGAUCAGCGUACAGUCAAGUACAGCUCCGCCAAGCUGACAUACGCGGAGCACCCAGAGCGUUUCACAAGCGCGCCUCAGGUUCUUUGUGGCCAGGGGUUCUCAAGCGGGGAGCAUGUAUGGGUGGUGGAGGUGGGGGCCAACAGCAUGUGGUCGCUGGGCGUGUGUUACAAGAGCAUCCCUCGCCGUGGGGACCACAGUCGUUUAGGUCACAACUCAGUUUCCUGGCGGCUGCAGUGGAAAAACGGCAAGCUGACAGGGUGCCAGUCCUCCUGCAACGUGGCUCUGGGGGAAAUGACCCAUCAUCCGCUGAGGAUCGAGAUAGCGCUGGACUACGAGGCGGGGACAUUGAUGUUCCACAACAUCAAAGGGCGCAGGGAGCACCUCCACACCUUCAGGGCUGUGUUCAAGGAGGCGGUCUAUCCGGCAUUCAGUAUACAUUCAAACACACCGCAGUCCUGGAUCACACUGCACAAUGGGAUGUGAUUAAAUCACAAGUAACUUGCCUGGGCAUUGCCAGAGUAAAGUUUCACAUAAAGGUAACCAAAACAGCUUUUUAUCACAAUUUAAACAGUAUCAUAUCUUAUACAAGUGCAGAAAAAGAUAUUUAAAAGAUAUGCUUUUAUUUCAAUUAGAUUAUAUUGUUUUAGUGCUCUUUUUACUGGUCUACCCAAACAGAGAAUUAAAAAAAAUGUCAAACUUAUUCAUAACUGUGCCGCUUAACUUUUAGCCUAAAGAUAAGAUAAAGAGGUUUUUAUUGUCCUUGUAGUGAUACAACGAAAUUUCGUUUGGUAGCCCUCAGCCAGCCAGCAGCAGCGAACAACGAUAAACAAUGCAAGAUAAAAAUACACAAAAGGAACAAAAAAAACGUUACUAAAGAUAAAAAUAUACAAAAGGAAUA